AUGGAUGCGGUUAUGGUACCGUAUUCAUCGAUGGACCGAUCAAUCUCUCGAUCUCCCUACAAGCAAAUCAAAACCCCAAGGAAAAGCGCUCGCGCUUUCAAUUCUAAAACCUCCGAAAAUCUCGUUCCCACGAACAUCUAUGGGGAUCUCUUGCACCACUACCAUCCUCCUCCUCCUCCUCCUCCUCCACCUUCACUCUCAUCUUCCUAUCCCCUCUCGGCCUCAAUCUUCAGUCACCCAUUUAGGCAGCAUCAUCACCAACAGCAGCCACCUCUCCUUCCUCUCCCAGCUCCCAUAACUCAUCAAUCUCUCCCUUCUCGCGCCAGAGGCCUGAUCUCUUGCCCUCCUUCUACCCGAAAGACCAAUAAACGCAGGGACCAGUCCCUUGCGCCAAAGAAACCAAAACCCUCAAAAAGAGAGGAUCCAAAGCAAGAUUUGACAAAAACCAGGCAAGCUAUUUCCGAAUGUUUGAUCAUAGCUUCGAAUAAACAGUUAGGGCCUGACCCGAGUGAUCUACCCAGGGAUGUAUCCCGAGUUUUAGGUAAGACUCCUGAUAAGGUUGCAAUAGAAGAGUUGGAAGAGUUUUCGGGAACAGUUUUUAGUCUGGCUCCCCCUCCGAGUAGCUUGCCACUGCCCAAGUUUUCUUUGAGGCCGAAGCUUUGUUGCAACGCCGAGGCUGCCGGGAUAGAUGCCGGAGCGACCGAUAGUCUCCGGCGUUUGUUACGCCUCCGGUGA